AUGAGCAAGAGGGGUCGCUGUCGAGGUGUGGGUUUAUACCUCUACUACCACAAUGUUGAGAGGAGAGGAGAGCAACUCAACCCUGGCAACGGUCGUGGGACCUGGCUGGAACCUCGGUGCGGCGGAUUCGAAGCCAUGGAAGACGAUAGUGGGAAUGGCCGACGCAUUCACCAUUCCGUUCUUGUCGAGUCUCACAUGUGCCCCGGUCGAGAAUUCAUUGUCUUCGAGUCAAUUUUGUAUCAUACCUUCAGGUCAAGAGCUGCCGCGUACCUAAAGCAGAACUCAGAUGUGCCACUCGGUGACUUGUCUAUCGAACAAGCUGUCAACCGCACACAUUGGUCACAGGUCCUUUCGAGAUGUUGA